AGGAGCAAUGUAUAUCGAUGUCGUAGUGAGUGGCAAAUAAAGAGGUCGAUUUCGGCACUGUGGCAACAGUCUGCGCGUCUCGACUACAAAGCUACGACCAUCGCCAACGGCCCUACAGCUCAUUAACUCUCCUCUUUCAUCACUCUUCCGCUACAGACCAUGCUCCCUCGGCACAAAGAUGCAAAACGACAUGGCUGGGCUCAGAAGCGUAGGGACAAGGCUGUCAAAGGACGGCAACGUCGGCCCCUAACAGAAGACGACGUGAGCAAAUUGUCAGUGCUCAUGGAAAACAGUUACCAUUGGAAACCGCGCACUUUCCAAGUCGAAGGUGUUCGUGCGCAGCUCGAGGGAGUCGACACCAUCAUACAGGCCCCGACAGGAUCAGGGAAGACAGCCAUAGCCGCGGGUGUACACCUCUGGCCUGACGGGCAACCCAAGGUCACUAUAAUGGUGUCGCCGCUUCUCGCCCUCGAAGAUGAGAUGGUGACGACGUUCAAGGACCAAUUUGGUCUCAAUGCCAUAGCUGUCAGCAGUCAACACGGAUCUUGCUCGCCAGCUGUCGUAAAGGACAUUCUCGCUCUGAAGUAUCAGAUCAUUCUUGCUUCACCCGAGAUGUUGCAGUCGCGUACCUUCAUCAACCGUAUCCUUCGCAACUCGAAGUUCACGCGCAACAUUAUCUCACUCGUCGUAGAUGAAGCGCACUGCGUCUCACAUUGGGGCGCUGAUUUUCGAAAGAAGUAUGCGUCACUGGGUGUCAUCCGUGCAUUCUUGCCACGCGGAACACCUGUCAUCGCUGUCACCGCAACCCUUACGGGACGUGUCCGCAGGGAUAUUCAGAGUAAACUCCACUUCCCAAAACGUGGCAGCCGCUUCAUCAACAUGGGCAAUGACCGCUCGAACGUUUCCCUUGUUGUCCGCGCCGCUGAACAUCCAUUAAACACCUAUCGGGACCUCGAAUUUGUCGUCCCGCAGUCAGCCAAACAAGCCAGCGACAUCCCUAAAACAUGGAUCUACGUGGACAACAUCAAUACGGGCACCGAGAUCAUCGAUUACCUCGUCAAGGAGGUCCGGAGCCGUACGACCGCCAAUCCCGACACGACCUUGUCAGCAGAUUGUAUCCGGCCUUUCAAUGCAACACUCUCACCUGAAUAUCGCACUGCUGCGAUGGCCGCGUUCCGGGAGGGUUCUAUCCGUAUCAUGGUAUGCACUGAGGCAGCAGGCAUGGGUUGUGACAUUGCCGAUAUUGACGUGGUCGUGCAGUGGAAGCUCCCGGGAACGUUCUCGAAUUUUGUCCAACGCGCAGGCCGCGCCGCCAGAGGGCGAGGGCGACAAGGGCUCGCCGUCCUGAUCGUUGAGCGCACCGCCUACACCGUGGAUCUAUCAGCUUUGCAGAGCACUGACGAGUCAAACACUGGUACUCACGGAAAGGGCAACACCUCGGCGACAGUACGCGGGCGCAAGCGCAAAACUGCCCCGCAAGUCAAAGCCGGCAAGGACUACGCGGAAUUGCAUGGCGUGAAUCGGGGUGGCUCGUCUGGGAAGGAUGCACCACCGCAAGGCACGCAGCCUCCGCUGGAUCCCGAGUCUCUUGACGAAGGGCUGCACACGUUCGUGCAGAGUACCCACUGCCGACGGCGUGUCUGGGCCGAGGUCUUUGAGAGUCCUUACAAAUCCGCUUCUGGUCCAUGCUGCGACAUAUGCGACUCGACCCUGUUCAAUCGCACACGUCCGAGUGCCGCGACGAAGGCUCCCAAGGCUGCGAGAAUCCCCCGAGGCGUGCCCGAUGUCAAGACGGAGCUUAGUUUGUACGAGUGGCGAGACGACAUCUUCAUCCGCGACCAUGCGAAGGCGCAGUACGAUUCGACGGCCAUCUUGGAUGAUGCGACCAUCGAACGGCUGGCAUCCGCAGGCUGUCUGCCGCGCAACACCCUCACGGCAAUUCUUAAGUCGACCUGGAUCUGGUGGGACCGGUAUGGGGCGGAGUUAACAUCUCACAUGGAAUCGCUUGACGUUGUGUUCACCCCCCCGCCGAAGAAGGCCAAGGCAGGGCAAACAACAAUGUCGCUCUCCUCCGCCUCAGCGACGGUGCCGUUAGCCACGCCAUCAACGCGCGCAGGAAACACGCAAGCGGACGACUCCUCCACCCGCGCAACCGAGUCGCAGCCUAUCGCAAGUGGCUCGACAUCUGCGCCCGCAUUGACGAAGAAGCGUGCUUCCGGCGCCGACCUCGACGCACCAUACACCGACACCACGCAUACGAGCAGUAGCAGCAUUCCACCGCGACCAACUAAGCGGCGGCGUAAGGCAACCGUGCCGACCGCGUCGACCGCAUCGGAAGUCGUAGCACCACUGCCAGUGCUUGCUGACCCGCAAACGACCUCCGUCUCCCAUACGCCACCUCAUCACUCGCUCGCAUCCAAUCAUCAUAACGCACCUGCAGGUCCUGCAUGCAGCUCCGCCACGUCGAUCACCCGCCGCGAGGUCUCCGUUCAGCUUGACCACGCCGCUCAAGCGGCGGUACAACGCGUGGGCCACUCGGAAGGUCAUCUUGCAGGAGCCUCGGGCAAUGAUGGUGACAGGGCAGGCUCUAAUACGUACGAUGCCUUCUGGGGCUCUUUCAAAUGGAUGUCCGCGCGGUCAGAUCACUCCCCGAGGUCUGGCGAGGGUACAUAGACGGCUCCGAGCAGGCUUGUAGCAGU